AUGAUUCGUGUUUGUGCAGUCAUUAUUCCUCUUCGUUCAAGCCACCUUUGUUGCAAGAGUCCCACGCCCCCAACGCACAACCCGCUGAUCAGCGCUCACGUCUCAUUGGCAGGGGGGGGGUGGAGAAGGAUUGGUUUGGGUGUGGGGAUUUUUGGGAUUGGGGGGAAGGGAUUGGGGUUUGGUGGGUGUUUUGGUGUUGUUGGAUUUUGGUUUGGGGGUGUGGGGGGGGUGGGUUUGGGGGUUUGGUGUGGGGGGUGGUUGGGGGUGUUUGGGGGUGUGUGGUGUUGGGGUGGGGUGGUUUUGGGGGUGGUUGUUGUGGUGGGGGUGUGUGGGUGGGGUGGUUGUGGUGUGUUGGGGGUGGGGGUGGGGGGUGGUAGGGUUGUGGGUGUGUGGGGGGGGUGGGGGGGGUGUGGGGGUGGGGGGUGGGGGGUGGGGGUGGGUGGGGGGUGGGGGGGGGGUGGGGUGGUGGGUGGUGGGGGGUUGGGUUGGGGGGGGGGGGGGGUGGGGGGGGGGGGGGUUGGGGGUGGGGUGGGUGGGUGGUGGGGGGGUGGUGUGUGGGUGGUGUGGUGGGGUGGUGGUGGGGGUGGGGGUGUGGUGGGGGUGGUGGGGGGUGGGGUGGGUGGGGGUUGGUGGGGGUGGGGGGGGGGUGGUGUGGGGGGGGUGGGGGGGGGGGUGGGGGUGGGGUUGUGGGGGGGUGGUUGGGGGGGUGGGGGGGUGGGGUGGGGUGGGGGGGGUGGGUGGGGGUGGGUGGUGGGGUUGGUGGGGGGUUGGUGGGGGGGGGUGGGGUGGGGGGGUGGGGGUGGGGGUGUGGUGGUGGUGUGGGUGUGGGGUGGGGGUGGGGGGGGGUGGUGGGGGUGGGUGGGGGGUGGGGGUGGGGGGGUGGGUGGGUUGUGGGGUUGGGUGGGUGGGGGGGGUGGGGGGGGGGGGGUGGGGGGUUGGGGGGGGUGGGGGGGGGUGGGGGGGGGUGGGGUGGGUGGGGGUGGGGGGUGUGUGGGGGGGUGGGGUGUGUGGGGGGUGGGGUGGGGGGGGUGGGUGGGUGGGGGGUUGUGGUGUGGGGUGUGGGGGUGGGUGGGGGGGGGGUUUGGUGGGGUGGUGGGGGGUGUGGGGUGGGUGGGGGGGGUGGGGUGGGGGUGGGGGGUGGGGGUGGUGGUGGGGGUGGGGGGGGUUGGGUGGUGGGGUGGGGGGUGUGGGUGGGGGGGUUGGUGGGUGGGGGUGGUGGGUGUGGGGGGUGUGGGGUGGGGGUGGGUGGUUGGGGUGGGUGGGUUGGGUGUUGGGGGUGGUGGGGGGGGGGGUUGGGGGGUGGUGGGUUGUGGGGGUGGGGUGGUUGGGUUAGGGUGUUGGGGGGUUGGGGUGGGUUGGUGGGUGUGGGGUGGGGUUGGGUGGAUUGGUUAUGGGUCUCCUCCCGUCCUCAGCAGGGGUGUCAUGCUUCCUCUGGCACGUGAGCUCGGCCCGGAUGUCUGCGCGGGCUGCGGCGGGGAACUAGGUCACGCAGAGCCACAGAGAAAGGCAGAAAACAAGCAGAAGAGUGGAGCGGAGUUAGGGAUAAGGAAGAGCGAGAAGCAGAGUGCCAGACAUUAG